AUGGAUACACCGUCUAUUAGAGAGAUCCGUCAGUCGUCAUUUAGGAGCCAGGCUGGACGCCCUAAUGGCCGACGGAUUUUGAGUGGCUCCAAGUCUGCGACACCAGAAGUUAUUCAGGAAUCGGCUUCUACGAGACCAGUACCUGACCUUUCAUUGGAUUCAAAUUCUUCUAAUACAACUACCUAUAAUAAUGGUCCAGUAGAAUCCCGUAUUAACACGAAUUCUAGUAGUUCGAGUAAAUAUGGAUCGUUAGGAACCAGUGAACCAGCGGCCGGAGAGUCUUCUCAAAGAAGAAAAUCUAGCUUUAGAUCCGUUUCAAUUGGCUCAACAAGACAAGCUAGCCUUCGCAAAUCAUCGUUUUCUGAAGCUGAUACCAACCAUGGAAGGCUUUUCGAGCCACCUAAAGGAGGAGCUCUUGAUUUGACCAAGAACACCAGGUAUUGUGUAUCAAAGCUACCUGCAACACCGGCUGUUCUAAGCGGUUCGAUCAACUUAGAUGCUUCUGACUAUGAUAGUGACGAUGUUUAUGGUGGAAUUGCAGACCAGGGUACUAAUUUCGCUCUUGUUUCGAGUCCUUCGAGCGCGUUUGUGUGGUCAUAUACCUCGCCUGAACACGUUCCUGCCACUAUUUCGUUUCCAUAUGAUAGCCCAGAUACCUUGACUGUGCUUGUAUCACCAGCUCCAGGUACAGAAGAACCUGGCUUGGUCAGUAUUGUGGCGAGUAGUGGAUUGCUGACAUACUGGGAGUCAGUCGACGGUGCCAUUGCAAAUGGACUUCUUAAGAGAAGAAAGAGUGUUAACCAUGAGGUGAAACUUUAUGCUGGUGAGGUCAUUGACAAUAUCCGAGCCAUCGAACCUGCUGGUGUCAUUGUUACUACCACUUCUGGUAGGUUUGUGCUUAUCACCCUGCGGGACUUAUAUGGAAAACAACUGGUGAGCAGCGUUUCUAUGAGAGGUGGUGGCCCUGGUUUACUCUCAUCUCUUAAGAGCGCUAUUUUGCCAUCAAGUUCUCGUCGAGGCAUAGUGUCAGUUAAACCUGGAUCCAUUACUGGUCGUACAGAGAGACAGGUUAUGUUUAUCAAUCAAACAGGAGACUUGUCUAUUUGGGAAUGCUCUCGUGGUGGUCGAAGUCGCGUGCUUUUCGAAGGUCGACUCCACGAGCUGAUGCUGAACCACAUUUCACCAUUAUACAAUGAAGCACAUCGUACAUUUAAAGUACAUGAUGUCGAGCUUUAUGAACAAGAACGCUGUAUCUUUGUUCUCAGUUCGUUUGAAUAUAGUGACAAAGAGACAUAUUAUGUUCUGUUCACCAUUCUGAUAGAAGGCAACGCGGACUCGACUAAUGAUGUUAAGCUACUUUCGGCCCAUAGAGUGCAGAUGUUCACAGGAAAGUCUUCUCAGCCACCUAAACUCAUAUUUCCCAAGCCAUACAAAACUCUGUUUAUCGUAUUCUCAGAAGCUAUUGUACUGUUAGAUUCGAUGAACGUUAAUGUCAGUGAGGCACGCGGAUCCGUGAAUAGCGCUACAGCUGCAGUUGCAUUGGCAAAUGGUGUCCUUCGUAGAUGGGAAGAUGUCAUCACCUUUAAAUCAGGGGUCGAAAUCGUCGGCGCCGAUGCCGAAGAUUUGAUCGUUGAGAACGCAAAGACGAUUAGAAACUGUGGUAUUAUUGCAUUAAUAAGGAACGUGGGAACAGUGCGAGUGGAAAGGUUCCCAGAUGAAGACAGUGGUCAACGUAGUGGCAAUUUAUUGAAACGACAAGAAGCAUUAGAACCGGAGCUUGCAAAGUCUCGAAUUGAACAGGCGGUAUUCUACGGAUCAGAGGAUGGAGCUAAUCCAUUGACCUUCAACAAUAGACCAGAAAUUCAGCUUGAUAACAACAUUCUUGAAGAUUCGUUUUUGCAGGUUUCAAAAGAGAUUCUCGAAACAAGAUCUAUUUAUAUGCCACCAAUUCUUCCAUCAUUGUCAGAACAUUUGGCACUACGGGUUCUAUACUUAUCACGACUGGCUAGUUACUUACAUACGAAUUUUGUCCGAGCAUUAACGACAAAAGCUAGAUUCCAACUUCUGUGGGAUCUGGAAAAGGCAACUGCCGCCAAAGCAUUAUGGGGAUACAUUGAUUCAAAGCUACAGGAUGACAAGUAUGCUGAUGACAGUCUUCUAUUUAGAGUUAUUUCUAAAAACACACGUUCUCCAUCGAACGGUGAUAAAUUACGUGAUUGGUUUAUAACACAGGUAAGAUACAAACAAACAAGGUCGUUGGAUGUUCACAAGUGCUUCGGCACCUAG